CCCAGUUUAAAGUAGAAGCAGAAAGCCAACUGUCCUUGCCGUUUUCCUCGACGUUUCCUAUUGCGGCUGCUGUUUUCCCCUGGAAGACGGAUUGCGGUGGUGUAGCGGAAUUUGGGGGGUCUCCCCUGGCUUGAAGGAGAAAAGUGGAGAGAGAUCAGUCAGUACCUCUAAAACUGGAAGUUAUUUUUGCCUGACAAGCCUGAAUCAAUAAUAAAGUGGCCUGAGGACAGCUUUACUUUGUUUUUUUGCAUUCCCCCCCCCCUUUGAAAUUGGCAUUAUUUUAUAAUGGUAUAUUAAAAAAAAUGAACACUGGCUUGAAACUUGCCUUGUCUUACACCUUUUUCCAGGGAAGGCACUGAACACAUUUUUAUUUUGCGUUUGGAAAGACCUUUUAUAAUGACAAAAAAUAGGAACUAAUCUCUUGCCAUUGGAAGGAGAAAAAGACCAUAGUGGGAAAAAAAAUUGGUUAUUAUAGUUUGUUUUUCAGUUGCUGCGCUUAGAGUUGGUUUUUGUUCAGAACAAUUCGUACAGAUUCUACUUUUAAGAAUUUUUUAGAAAUCUUUGUGAGGAGGAUUUUGAUUAGAGACUGCUUCCCUCAAAACCUGACCCAAGUACUUUAAAAGUGGAAUGUGAAGUAAAGCUGAGCAGUUUCUUAAACAGAAGGCAAAAUGUUUUAAAACCAUAAAGUUCUAUGUUUAAUUGACAACUGUUUUAUAUCUAAGCCUUUUUCAUUCCUAUUUUAUUCUAUGAUUAUGCACUUUGGUUUUUAUUUAAUUGUGAAAAAGGGAAAAAUUACUGUACUUAUAUAUUCAUAAAUUACAGCUUUGAAAUCUUUAACAGAGAAUUGGGAAUUUUAAAAUGCCACGAUAAGCUUGUUUUAAUAAAACACCCAAUAGUGUCUUCUUCAGAAGUUUUAGACAAGUGUUGCUGGAGGGGUUCCUCCUUAUUCUCCAUUAAUGAGUCCUGGUGGUGGUGUUGGAGGACCCAUGAAAGACUGUGAAUACAGUCAGAUCAGCACUCAUAGCUCCUCUUCUCCCAUGGAGUCCCCCCAUAUGAAGAAAAGCAUUUCCAAGAGAAAAUGGGAGGUUUUCCCUGGAAGAAACAAAUUUUUUUGCAAUGGAAGGAUCAUGAUGGCUCGACAGUCUGGAGUCUUCUACUUGACACUUGUUCUUAUUUUGGUUACCAGUGGACUCUUUUUUGCAUUUGAUUGUCCGUAUUUAUCUGAGAAGAUUACACCUGCAAUUCCUGCUGUUGGAGCAGUUCUGUUCUUUUUUGUUAUGGGGACCUUGCUACGUACUAGUUUUAGUGAUCCUGGAGUCUUGCCUCGUGCAACACCAGAAGAAGCAGCAGAUCUAGAAAGGCAAAUAGGUAACACAGAAGAUAUUGCAAAUGGCUCUAGUACAGGAGGAUACCGACCCCCUCCCAGAACAAAAGAAGUAAUCAUUAAUGGUCAGGCAAUUAAAUUAAAAUACUGUUUCACCUGCAAGAUUUUCCGUCCACCCCGUGCCUCACAUUGCAGCCUUUGUGAUAACUGUGUAGAACAGUUUGAUCAUCAUUGUCCCUGGGUAGGCAACUGUGUGGGGAAAAGAAACUACAGAUUUUUUUAUAUGUUUAUUUUAUCUCUGUCAUUUCUGACAGUUUUUAUAUUUGCAUUCGUUAUUACCCACAUCAUCCAUCGAACUCAGAAAACAAGAUUUUUAACUGCACUUAAAGACAGUCCUGCAAGCGUCCUAGAAGCUGUGGUGUGUUUCUUCUCCGUUUGGUCCAUUGUUGGGCUCUCAGGUUUUCAUACUUAUUUGAUCAGCUCCAAUCAAACAACCAAUGAGGAUAUCAAGGGAUCUUGGUCAAAUAAAAGAGGCAAAGAAAACUUCAAUCCUUAUAGCUAUGGCAACAUUUGUGCUAAUUGUUGCUCAGCACUUUGUGGGCCCAUUUCUCCUAGUUUAAUUGACCGAAGAGGAUUUAUCCAACCAGAUACCCCUCAGCCAGCAGCUUCCUCAAAUGGCAUUACAAUGUAUGGGGCCACACAGUCUCAGAGUAAUAUGUGUGAUCAAGAUCAGUGCAUUCAAAGCACUAAAUUCGUUUUGCAGGCCGCUGCUACCCCACUCCUCCAGAGCGAGCCCAGCCUAAGUAGUGAAGAGCUGCCUUUACCAGGGAAAAAUACUCUUGGUGCUCCCUGUGCUAUGGUGACACUAGGACAACCAACACCACCUUCUUCCAUCCCAAAUCUCACAUCAGAAACAAGCUUGUCAGAAAUGAUACCAUUAAAAGAGGAUCCUGAAAAUCAUCCGUUUCUUACUCCUGAAGAAGCUCCACCCGGGAUGUUGCCCCUUGGAUAUGCCCUGACACACAGCCGCACCGUGCACAGCCUCAGCCUGGUUAGCCAGGAUUCACUGCAUGAAGACUCAGUGCGUGGCCUUGUUAAACUCAGCUCAGUCUAAACGAUAUAGAACACGACCGCAAUUAAACAGACCUUAUUUAACUCCAAGAGCAAUUAGCCUUUGGAAUCUGACAUACAUAUGUCACUGAAAAUUAUUAUGUAAAGAAGUCUAUUGAAAGGACAAAUUAUUUUUGUGCCGUGAAGUUAACGAUUACAUUUGUUUUAUAGCCAAUUUAUUGGUGGCUUGGGUUUGAUGGUUAUGUUGUUAGAUAACCAAUUUAGUUGAAAUUUGUUCAGUGAUUUAUAAUGUCCAGCAAUUUGGAAUCCUGGUACUACAGAGGUGGUUAUUAUAGUGCUUAAAAUAUGAAUGAAUAUAAGCGUCAUAUUCCAUGUUUUAUAAAGUUCCUUGUUGUAAUACUACCCUUUGUAGCCAGACAUUACUGUGCUACUCAUAUUUGAAACAAGAUUGCCAUUGGAUGAAUGCAAAAUCAAUAAGGGUUGCAAUUGUGGAUUUGCAUGCCACAUUACAUUGGGUGUUAUAGUAGUGUUGGUUUUUGAAAGACAGUGCUGCUUUACUAUUUGUGAGUACCAAAGUGCUGUUCAUUGUAAAAGACAGUACAACAAACAAUUACUUUUUUCAAUCAAUCAAUUAUAAAUAAAUGAACUGGUGGUGCUCAAUUAUGAAGGAUUACCUGUUUUUGCAUAUCAUUUACUUUUUAGUGUGAAAUAACAUAGAUUUCUCUCCGCCCAUCCCCACAAGAUCUAGAUAUUCAGUAAAAUGGCAUUCUCUGUAUCUUUAGAUAUGUAUACAUUCUCUCCAUACAAAGCUGAUGCAAAACAGCAUAUUACAAUGCAAUAAAGUACUUUUUUCCCUGAGAUCAUUAAGCAGCCAAAGGAACUUCCAAGACCCAAUUAUAGAUUAAUUUGAAUAUUUAUACAGUUUUAUACAUGACCUAUUUAAUGAUGUUAUAUGCCAAUAAUUGAUCUGCUUGUUAAAAAUUACUUGAUGUUAGUUGGUUGGAUUGAGAAAACUUCCGUUUUCAAAAGGAUUUUGAUUCAGCAGAGGCUUCCAUACAAAGAUUGCCUCCUACAUUGUUAAAAAAAAUGAUCACAAAAGAACAGUCUAUAAUAGGAUGGGGGUGACAUGAAGGUACUAGGCAAGAAAAAGAACUAGUGAAAAGGUGGGGGGGGCUUGUCCCUCUUAAUGAUUUCGGAAGCCAUCACUGCUCCCUGAGGGAUUUCGUUUAUUUGUUUGAGGCUCACAGUUAAGAUUAUGGGAGGAAUCUAGCUUGAAAGGACACUCAUAUUCUUAACUUUGUUGAUAGAACAAGGGUCACUGGGAAGUACCUCAACAGUUUGUAAUCAAUAACUUUCGGCCAUCAUUAUUAACAAAAAUGUUUCAAUUUAAAUUUGUGGUUGAUGCUUGAUUCUAAGAAAUUUCUUAUGGCUUAAAGAAAAGAUAUUCCCUCAGAGAUAACAAACAUAAUAAGAACUUAAAAGUUGCAAGCCAUUGCAUUUUGUCUUGGUUUAAGAUGCUAGGACCCGCAAUACCCUUUUCUCAGGACAAAGUUUAGUGUGCAAAGUUAUUUUUGUGGCUGUGUGUGUGUUUGUAUAUACACAUACACGCUAAGCAUAGCUGCAGGGAAGUACACUUACAGAUUGUGAAGAAACAAAUACAUUGCAUCUCAAAGACACUGACAAUAUACCUUUAGAAGGAAAAAAGCACAAUGUUUUAAUUGGAAUAAGGCCAUCUUUAUUACUACAGAAAUGCCAGAUGACUUAAUGGGGAAGGAAAAAAAACCUUACACUGUGUACAAUUUUGUAAUUUUUUUUCUGAGUAGUGAUAAGAGAUUUUUCUUUUGUUUGCAUGUAUAGAAAAUAACCAGAAAUGUCUUUUUCCCAUUUUACAGAAAACUAUUCAUGGUGCACAGUUAUUUGACUGUGACCAAAAUGUUUACAGCUUUCAUGUAAAGAGAUAUUGUCUGUUUUUCUGCCUGACCUCACAGGAUUUAUUUAAAAUCCACCAUGUGUUACGCUAGCGCAUGCCCAUUCCAAAGAAGAAAAAGAAGAACUAGGUGAGUUGUAUUCUCUUCAUGUAGUAAAGGUGAUUACUACAUGGACCAGCAACAAAUAGCUGUUAAUUCCAUAUAAUAACAGGGAGUGGCUAAUUUGGAGGAGAUUUAGUGAGUUGACACAAAGGAAGCCAACUUCCUCAGAAAGCCCAUGUAAUUGUUUGCCAUUUCUAUACAACAAACACCUCGAAGUUCACAAUCCUCAAACUGGCUUGGUGAGUUCAUGAUAGGAAGUAUGGGAUGAUACAUCAUGAGAAUUUCUAAACACAGCCUAGGUUAUUGUUAUUUUUAUCCCAAGCAUUGUGAAUUGGCUAUAUUUUUAGAAAAGAGAAUCAAGAUAGAAGAAAUGACUUUUGCCUCAUUACAUUAAAAUAGGAUUUUAGCCAUUCUUUAAAAUCCAUUCUUUAAAAUAAAAUUACGUUACUGCUGAGGUAAUAACUUGAUAUAAUUUAUUUUUAAGAGACAUAGAUAUUGGUUAGAGCAGUGUAUCCAUUUAACAAGCUUAGUAUUUUACUAAUUCAAUUGACAUCAGAAAAUAGAUCAUCCAUUUCCUGUAGUGUAAAAAUUCAACAAUGUUAAAUAUUUUACCCUGCCAUUACUGCUUCGCAGCUGUGAAGCUCACACCAUGGAAUAGAAGUAUUUAAAAAAUGUAAUGGCUCACAUUUCCAGAGAAAUGCUCAUUUUAUUUAACUAGCAUUUUUUGAAUAUCCUUGCCAUUAGGAAAUUGCAGUGUCACAUGUGAUACCAGACCCAUUUGGGUUUCUUUGGUUUUUUUCAGUCUGGCAAGGAUAGAAGGUUAUCCUGUCAUUUUUAAGCAUACAUCUCAUUUAAAGCUUUCAAGUGCUGCACUGCAAUAUGGGAUAUCUUCCUUGGCUUACCUGAUGUUUGAGAAAAGCUUAUGUACAGAAAAGUACUGUGAAUACCUAUUUUAGAACAAAUUAUUUUUGUUUGCAUUGAUGUUUAGUAUUUUUUGCUGUUUAUACUGUUUCUGACUUUAUGUUGAAGAAUAAAAAUACAGCCUUUUUAAGCA